CUCGUUCAAACAUUUCAUAAUCCUUAAAUUACAAUAUUUUCUUUCAAAAAAAAAUCCUUAUCUCCAAUCAAGAAUGGGAGAGAAACAAGAAGGUGCCAAAGUUGAACAAGAGAAGCAGACAGCCACCGUAGUUUCUGCCGAGACGAUCGACAACAAGCCAAAGAGCAGUGAAGGAGAUUUUGCUGCUGCCCCGGCCGCCGCGGCUGCUACUUCCGCCUUUGUUUACAAAGUGGAUAUGCACUGUGGAGGUUGUGCAAAGAAGAUCAAGCGAAUGGUGAAGCACUUAGACGGAGUGAAAGAUGUGACGGCGGAUAUGAGUGGUAACAAGCUCACGGUGGUCGGAAAGAUCGAUCCGGUGAAGUUCCAAGAGACGUUGGAGGAGAAAAUGAAGAGAAAGGUGUUACUCACCAACCCACCACCACCAUUACCGCCAAAAGUAGACGCAUCUGCUGCCGCCACUGCCGUUGGAGAGAAGAAAUCCGACGGUGGAGAUAAGGCAGCGGCUCCUAAUCCUCCUCCUCCUCCGCCCGCUCCCAAAGAGAGCUUGGUGGCUUUAAAGAUCAGACUACAUUGCGAGGGAUGUAUUGAGAAAAUCAAGAAAAUAAUAUUGAAAAUCAAAGGGGUUGAAACUGUGGCUGUUGAUGCAACUAAAGACAUAGUGACACUGAAAGGAAUGAUGGAUGUUAAAGAACUUGUGCCUCUCCUCACAAAGAAACUCAAAAGAACUGUCGAACCUCUUCUUCCGGCCAAAAUAGACGACGGAGCCGCCGAGAAUAAUAAGACAGAAGCUGCUGCUCCUACCGCAGGAAACAAAGAAGGUCCUGCCUCCGGAUUUAGUGAAGUAAAGAAGGAAGGAAACGAACACGGAGAGAACAAGAAAGGAGCUGAAGACACCGGUGAGAAUAAGAAAGAAGCUGAAGCCACCGGAGAGAAGAAGAAAGAGUCUGGAGACGGCGGAGAGAAGAAGAAAGAGACUGGAGACGGCGUUGAGAAGAAGGAAAGUGGCGGUGGAGGAGGUACACCGGUGGCGAUGGUGAAUAAAAUGGAUUAUUAUGGAUAUUCGUAUCCGACGGCUCUAAUGUAUUGGCAAGAAGGACACGUGUACAGUCAGACGUAUUCGUUAGAAGAUCAGAGUUAUUCAGGUUCAGGAUACAAUUACAUGAGUGAGAGUUACGUGCCAUACUCGCAUCCUAACAUGAACGCGCCUCCUGGAAUGUUCAGCGACGAGAACCCUAACGGUUGCUCCAUUAUGUAAAUGUAAACAUGGACUUUGAAUUGUAUAUAUACGAAACCUAAAGCUUGGAACAUUCAAAAAUGGCAACUUUUGAUAAACUUUUGAAAUUG